GCUGUUAAAAGCAAUGGGUCGACCACUGCUUUGACACGCAUUAUUAUGAAUCAGAGAAGAUUUGCGACUUCUGAUAAGUAUCUGAAAUGAUUCUGGAUCUCUUCCUUCAGCAUCCAUGGGCGUAUCUGACAGCUGCCGUCGUGGGACUACUUGUGACGAAGCUCCUCGUCAAUAAGUACGGUAAUGGCUUGAACGGAAUCCCCGGACCAGCUUUGGCGUCCUUCACCGAUCUCUGGCGCUUUCUCGACGUGUAUAGAAGGCGACCAGAAGUGACGCAGAUUGCUCUACAUGAAAAGUACGGCACCGUCGUGAGACUCGGUCCCAACACAGUAUCGAUCGCGGAUCCAGCUGCUAUACAGACAAUCUACGCUCACAAUUCGGGAUAUACCAAGUCAGAUUUCUACCCGGUGCAGCAGACCAUCAACAAGAGUGGCAAGAGACUCAUCACCCUCUUCACCUCACAAGAUGAAAAGUUCCACUCGCAGCUUCGACGUUCUGUAUCAAAUGCUUAUGCCAUGAGCACUCUCGUUCAGUUCGAACCAUUCGUCGACUCCACUACGACAGAGUUCUUCAAACAACUUGACCAACGAUAUGCAAACCAGAACGACAUCCUCGACUUUGGCACAUGGCUACAGUACUAUGCCUUCGACGUCAUCGGGGAGCUUACUUACUCCAAGAGACUAGGCUUUGUGGACCAUGGAAAAGACGUGGAUAAUAUUAUUGGGAAUCUUGAAUGGUUGCUCAACUAUGCAGCACCUGUCGGACAAUUGCCAAUCCUCGAUAGCUUACUCCUCAAGAACCCAUUAAGGCUACAGCUUACAAAAUGGGGCUUCACAAACUCAUCAUCACCCGUGGCCAUCUUCGCGCGCAACCGAAUGCUCGCCCGCGUUGAUCCCGAAAAGCUAGGCGACAUGAAGUUUGACCAAGACAAUGGCCGCCGAGACUUUCUCUCACGCUUCCUCGAAGCCAACCAGAAAGACCCGGAGUUCAUGAAUAACGAUCGAGUGCUCGCUCUGACUGUAGCAAAUAUGUUUGCAGGCUCUGAUACAACAGCGAUUACUUUCCGAGCUAUCUUUUAUUAUCUCAUGAAGAACCCCGCUGAUAUGAAGACUUUGAUGGCUGAGCUUGCAGAGGAAGAAAAAGCCGGCCGAUUUGCCCGCGAAGAUGGCCUUGUCAGUUGGAACGAAGUCCGAGACCUUCCUUUCCUCAACGCUGUUGUCAAAGAAGCUCUUCGAUGCCAUCCCGCUGCAGGUCUCAUGCUAGAGCGUAUUGUCCCCGCACGAGGCCUCGAAGUCAACGGCCAUCAUAUCUCCGGUGGCACCAUUGUUGGAGUCAACGCUUGGGUUCUACAUCGCAACAAGGAUAUAUUCGGACAUGAUGCAGAUCGAUGGAGACCUUCGAGAUGGAUUGAAGCUUCGACUGAGCAGAAGAGACGGAUGGAGAACUAUAUGUUUGCAUUUGGUGCGGGUUCGAGGACUUGCAUUGGAAAGAACAUCAGCUUGUUGGAGAUGUACAAGAUGGUACCUGCUUUAUUGAGGCGAUACGAGCUUGAGUUCCCGUCGGCGGAUAACACAUGGCAUUUGAACAAUGCGAUGCCACCAUCAAAGAACCGCGCUGGGCGAGUCGAAACCGAUGUCUUACUCGCCAUCAAGCCCGAGCACUUGGAAAAUAUCAUCAGCAGAGAAAAGAACCAUGAGUAUCGCAAGUACCGUCUGAAAGACGGUGUCUCGCGCCUCUGGCUUUACGAAACUGGCAGUGGAGGCGGUCGCUCAUCAAUCACACACAUCGCAGUGAUUACUCCAAAUACCCGCCAUGAGCCGGGUUUUGUGCCGACCGAGCCUUUUGGUAUUGGCAAUGAGGACUUCAACGCUGGACUCAAGGAGUUUAAGUACGGAUAUCCAAUCCUGGAGCUUUACGAACUUACAAACCGAGUUACUCUCAAUGAAAUGAAGACUCGAUGGGGGAUGGGUGGUGCGCCUAUGGGAUGGCAGUACGUGGCAUCAGAUCUCUGGGAGGAUAGAUGGGGCGAGGACGAGGAGAGAGGUGAGAAGGUGAGGAAGUUGUUUUAAAAGAUAACAUCGGUUGCUGGG